UUAUUCUGAAAAAUAAUAUGUAGUUCCGUUGAACUUAAACGUAGAAAGUUUAGCGUUAACCUAAGAGUAUUAUCGUUAUCGAGUUACCUUUCUUAACUUUAUUUCGGUUGAGAAAAAUACUUAAUGCGGAUAUAAUUUUUACUACUAUUUUACUGGUCGUUUGUGCAUAUGAAAUUCGGAAUAAGGUUCGUAAGAGUGAUAACGAUCUAAAGGUCAAAUGUUUCCAUUAUUUCAGUAUUAAAAAGUACGGUGGGAAUUAAAGAAUGAGUUUUAUGGAGGAGCAAAGGUCACAAGGUGCGGUUGAUGAACGAUUUCAAGCCUUCAUAGAGACUGAAGCUAAAAAGCAGCAGUUUCAAGUUAGUCGCGAAUUGAUAUCGGGAUUGGCAUUUAAUUUAACUGACAUUUGUUGGGAAAUCUGCGUCGAAAGUCCUACUGCACGCUUGGGUCCAAAAAUUGAAAAGUGUCUGAUAAAUUGUGUAGAUAGAUUUAUCGACACAACAAAUUUUAUUACGAACAGAUUAGAACGUGUAGUUUUAAACAACCGUGGUGAAAUGAAUGUACAGUAA